AUUGCUUCUUGUCUUGUCUUAUUGCAUUGUUCAGCUUCUUUAGAAGCGCAAUUAAACAACUGUAUCCUUGAUCAUUAAGGAAGAAGAAGCAUACUUCUCUUUUCUCCUGUUUUUGGGGUUUUAGUCUUUCUCUUUAUGGUCAAAAAGACCUGAAACUAGAGUACAGAUAACCCUCAGCAAUAGGGGAUUUUAAUGGGCUCAGCUCAAGUAAUUACAUGGCUCAAAAAUCAUAGGAGCUUUUGCUUAAGGUUUUUUCUUCUUCUUUUUUUGUUUUCUGGUUCAGCCCACUUGACUAUUUGUUUUUUAUGGAUGAAACUAUAGAUCUGUGUAUUCAGACUGAGCUCGAGCCUAGAUCACCAAUUCGAUCAGACUUGAACCAAAUUUCAGUAGUCUCGUGAACAUUCAUUUCUCUGUAUUUUUUAGUAUCAUGCAGAAAAGAAUGAUCGUGGGUAAAUUCAAUUAACAGAUAAAUAUGGUGCUAAACAUUACGUCUUACUAUUUAACUACAAGCUAUUAAGUAUUGACCGGAUUUAAACGAACUAUAAUUUAAGAUCAUUCAUUAUAAUUACAUGUUCAUGCGAGAUAUUUGCUGCUAGAACUUUGGAGAAAAAUAUAUAUGGUGAUUGAGAAUUACAUUUUAUAUUAUCAUCUUUGAUGAACACAAAUACAUGACUCAGCUCACUCAUUUAGUUCAAGAGGACCAAUUCUCAUAGUAAUGCAUAAAUUAGUUCUUAAAAUAUUAAUGUUGGAUGAUAAGGUUAAUCAAGGAUAUAGAUUUGGGCAUAAAACAGAAACAUUGAGUACUGAAGGAAAUUUAAGUAACAGAACCUGAUGUCACAUUGUUAUUUGGGAUAGUAAAAGGAAGCUCUUUUUCUCUAGACAAGGGACUCGGUUUGACUGUCUGCACUUUGGUCGCAUUUCCUUGGAGGCUUUGGUUGGAGUGCCUUUUCUUUUUCUAAGAACAGAAAAGCAAAGAAAACACCUAUUCAUAUCUGAAAAAUAACCUUCCAUUUUCUGCUCCUAUUCGUUUUUGUUUUGCCUGUUCCUAUAUAUAUAUAUAUAUAUAUAGGACACGCACCCACCUUCGUUAUUUGCUCAAACAAGAAGCAACAAAGAGAGACUUAAAAGAAACAAAUGGCCCACGUUGAUAACUUGUUCCAGAGUGGUGCCCUGUAUAUGUAUGCCACCUAUAGCUUAUGUACCACAUGCAGAAUUCUUAUCUCGAUAAAACUAAUUAAGAAGGCCAUACGAGUUUAUGACAUCAACUUCACAGUAAAUGAGAUGGCAGAUGCCAGAUGCAUGAGGGAUUAAAGGAAAGAAAUGCAAACAAACGUUUUGAACUUACCUGAACAUGCGAUUAGAACUGCAAAAAUCUACUGUAUUUUAUUUAGUCAGUAGAAAACAGCCGUCCACUAAAAAAAAUUAAAAAAAGAUUUGGAAAUAGCGUGUUAGAAUAUACGCCGUCCGCUGUAGGAAUUUAGCUAUCAGACUACCGUUGAUACCGAUGCCCUCUUCCUUGCAUAUUUGCUUUGAUCUUUAACCUAUUCUUUGUCCUUAAUUAGAUUUUUUCAACUCGUCAUCUUGUCCUUCUCCGACCAUAAGUAUGGAGCUCCGCAUUUAUUUUCAAAGUCCGGUUCGUGUCUGGUGCUGUGUGCAAGUAAGAGAAGAAAGGUGUAAGGAAGUUGGCAAGAAGAGCAGCGAAUGGCGGAUUGGGGUCCAGUGGUUAUAGCUGUAGUUCUUUUUGUGGUGCUGUCGCCAGGGGUGUUGUUUCAGCUACCAGGAAAUAGCAGAGUGGUUGAGUUCGCCAAUCUGCAAACUAGUGGAGUUUCUGUGUUUGUCCAUACCAUCAUAUUUUUUGGCCUCAUCACCAUUUUUCUUAUUGCCAUUGGUGUACACAUCACUACAGGAUGACUGAUGAUAUUCGGCCCGCUGUUUGUUUGUCAUGAUUCCUCUACUUAAUUAUUUGAUCAGCUAGUCGUGUUUUUUUUCGGGUAGGUUUUUGUUUUCUGGAUGUUGGUUAAUUUAGCUGCACGUAUUCACUUUCUGCUCUUCAAUUUGCAUUGAUUGUAUUAUUUAGCCGCAUCACAUUAAUUACUAGCAAGAUUGCAGUGUACUGCUGAGUGGCUAAAGUUGACGAUCAGUAAUUUCUAUCUGGUUUAUUGAUGUUCAGGAAGCAUCUGAGUUGUUGGCUUGCUUUAUUUAGAAGUGUUAGACUCACUUAAAGAAGGCAAGCAAUUUCUUUUGUCCAAAUCCAACAUAUCAAUAAGAACCAAAACCUGACUACGAAUUUUAUUAAUAGUAUCCAAGUGAAAGAGAAUCAUGAGAACCAAAAACUGAAGAUAAAUUAUAUUUACUACUACUAGUAUCCAAGUGCAAGAGAUUCAUAAUUGAACCAACGAAAAGCCUUGAGAAGUUCGUAUAAAUUCAAACAG